AGGCGAUUACUGUAAGACACAUGGGCAAAGGAGAGGUCUGCGGCUUCUCCCUUCGACCUGUUGGGGACCCUCGACUUCCUUACAGCAUAUGGAGCCUGUCAUAUGAACUUAGUCUCCGGCGGCGGCUUCCGAGACCUCCGCUCCCUCGAUUGUACCCCAGCCCUAAAACUUCUGAGUUCAUGGACUUACACUUCUUCCUAUAUACCUGUGCUCCAGCCAGUCUUCCUGCUGUGCCUCUAUAUUCGGGGGCCACCGAUUCUUGGUGACUCUCAUUGAGCACUGAUAAGCCGUGAAAGUGGUACAGUCAUUGAGAGGCCAGCCUGUAGAGAGCUGUGGAAUCCAGAGAGUAGCUUCCUGCAGGACUUCCACAGGACUCCAGUGCCCUGUUGUCCAGGAAAUUGACUCCUUCUCACAGGAUGGCAGCUCUUGGCCUGUCUCCCACAUUUGCUGUGUCCACCCAGAACCCUGCUUUUCUCCAAGAGUCAGAAUUUCCUCUGUCUUCAAAACACCAUUCCUGUCCCCAGAAUUUAGACCUGUUUGCUUCCCGUGGUCUGGAGCCUCCUACACCACCCAGUGUUUCUUCUCAGGAAUCCGUGACUUUCCAGGAUGUAGCUGUGGACUUCACUGAGAAAGAGUGGCCCCUGCUGGAUUCUUCUCAGAGAAAGCUGUACAAGGAUGUGAUGCUGGAGAACUAUAGCAACCUCACUUCACUAGGGUAUCAGGUUGGCAAACCCAGCCUCAUCUCACACUUGGAGCAAGAAGAAGAGCCGAGGACAGAGGAGAGGGGCAGUCAGCACGGCACCUGUCCAGAUUGGGAGACUCCAUCUAAGACGAAGUGGUCAAUCCUCAUGGAAGAUAUUUUUGGGAAGGAAACAUCCAGUGGUGUGACAAUGGAAAGAGCUCAUCUUGGGGAGAAAUCCACUGAAUACGCCCACUUGUUUGAAGUCUUCAGCAUGGGUGCUCAUCUUACUCAGCCAAUGGGGAGACACCCCGGCAAGAGGCCCUACCAUCGCCACCAUUGUGGGGCAGCCUUCAAGAGCAGGACACCUCUCACUCAGCACGUGAACGUGUAUGAUGGGAGGAAGAUGCACGAGUGCCAGCAGUGCCAGAAGGCCUUCACCACGAGCGCCUCCCUCACCCGACACAGGAGGAUCCACACUGGGGAGAAGCCCUAUGGCUGCAGCGACUGUGGGAAGGCCUUCAACGACCCCUCUGCCCUCAGGAGCCAUGCACGGACACACCUCAAAGAGAAGCCCUUCGACUGUAGUCAGUGUGGGAACGCCUUCCGCACCCUCUCGGCCCUGAAGAUCCACAUGAGGGUCCACACUGGCGAGAGACCCUACAAGUGUGAUGAGUGUGGCAAGGCCUACGGCAGGAGCUGCCACCUCAUUGCGCACAAGCGAACACACACUGGGGAGCGGCCCUAUGAGUGUCAGGACUGUGGGAAAGCUUUCCAACACCCCUCACACCUGAAGGAACACGUCAGGAAUCACACCGGGGAGAAGCCCUACGAGUGCACACAGUGUGGCAAAGCCUUCCGCUGGAAGUCUAACUUUAAUUUGCACAAGAAAAACCAUAUGGUGCAGAAAACCUAUGAAUGCAAAGAAUGUGGGAAAUCCUUUGGUGACCUCUUGUCACGGAGGAAACACAUGAGAAUCCAUAUUGUGAAGAAACCAGUGGAAUGUCGCCAGUGUGGGAAGGCCUUCCGAAACCAGUCCAUCCUGAAGACACACAUGAAUUCUCACACAGGAGAGAAGCCCUACGGGUGCGAUCUCUGUGGGAAAGCCUUCAGCGCCAGCUCCAACCUCACCGCACACAGGAAGAUCCACACUCAAGAGAGACGCUAUGAAUGCGCAGCCUGUGGGAAGAUCUUUGGUGAUUAUCUGUCACGGAGGAGGCACAUGAGCAUCCAUCUGGUAAAGAAGCGUGUAGAGUGUCGGCAGUGCGGGAAAGCCUUCAGGAACCAGUCCACCCUGAAGACCCACAUGAGGAGCCACACAGGAGAGAAGCCUUACGAGUGCGACCACUGCGGGAAGGCCUUCAGCAUAGGCUCCAACCUCAACGUGCACAGGAGGAUUCACACCGGGGAGAAGCCCUACGAGUGCCUUGCCUGCGGGAAGGCCUUCAGCGACCACUCAUCCCUCAGGAGCCAUGUGAAGACACAUCGGGGAGAGAAGCUCUUCCCGGCCUCAGUGUGGAAGAGGCUCCAGUGAGCACUCCAGUAGGUGACGGGAACACUCGGACCAGAAAGGAACCUUCAGAUGUGAGGGAGAAGCUCUCACCUUACAGAGCACAAAAGGAACGUAGGCGAAAUCCAGUUGGCGUGAAGCCUGUGAGAAGACAAGUUGUUUCUCAUCAGUUGGGAGAACAACACCGUGGGGGGAUGUAUCUGGUGUGGAAAAGCCUUCAGUGUACAUCUAGUUUGUAAACAUAUGAGAACUUAGGGGAGAGGCCCAGCUUGGCAUUUAAUGUCAAGAUACUUCAGCAGGCUGGACUGCGGCCCUAUGGUAGAGUGCUUGCCUAGCAUGCAUGAGGCCCUGGGUUCCAUCCCCACCAAAAAAAAAAAAAAAAAAGAAAUAAUUUCAGCAACACUUUCUCAACCUUUUGGACACAUUAGGGAGAAUUUUUGUCAGUGCAGUGAUGGGGGAAAUCUUUUCAUUCUCACACUGAAGAGAAAAAUCUAUGGGGUGAGGAAUGUGGGAAGUCCAUAAAAGGGGUGAGCAAACUAACCAGCUGUCUGUGUUUGUAUGGUUCAUAAGCUAAGAAUAGUUGUUCCAUUUUAAGAGGAGAGUUUGUGCAGAGACCCUCUGUGGCCCUCAAAGCCUGAAAUGCUUGCUAUUUAUAGAAAAGCUUUGCUGAGCCUUGGUCCACAGCAGUGGUCCUCAACAGGUAGGGGUUUUGUUCCCCAGGGGACAUUUUUGGUUGUUACUGGGGGAGGAGCCACUGACAGGUAGUGGGAAGACAUUAGGAUGGUGCCAAGCAUCCUACAGUGCCCAGGAGCCCCUGCCUCCCCCACCCCACUUCAAAGAAUUGUGUGCCCUACAAUAACAGUACGCUGAGGUUAAGAAUAAUUGUACUUAACGUUGGCACCAAACUAGAAGAAAUUUCUUUUUAAUUUUUUUUUUUAAUUAACAUGGUUCUUUGAAGAAAUUUGUAAGAACUUAACAUUGCUGAUAAUCCCUAUGUGUCCCCUCACUAGUGCAAAUGAGAAGCUUUGAUGGUAUUCUCCAGUGAACGCAGGAUUGCACUUCUCAGUCCUUCAUCAUGAAAACAGGCCCUAGCUCAUGAAUUUCUAGUCUUUAUUUUUAAGGUUAUGCUCCUCUAAAUAACCAUUAGGCCUCAUCACAAAAGGUUUGUAUAUAGUAUUUUUACUGUAGCUUCAUUCUUAAAAUAUCUAAUUUCCUUUUGGACAACUUUCUUGACCAAUGGCAUAUUUAGAAUUGUGUUACAUACUGGGUGCAAAGGUAUUUUAUAGUACCUAUUACUGGUAUCUGAUUUCAGAUGCAUUGUGAUCAAAGCAUGAAGUCUUCAUUAUAUGGAUCCUUUGGUAUGUUUGUGGCCUGCUGUCCAGCCAAGAAUGGCAUAGACUUCUAGUUGCAUCCACUGUCAUCUUCUAUAUCAAAAGAAUUCAAAUCUCAUAUUCGUAAGGUGUGCUAUUUUUUAAUGUCUCUUAAACAGAUUUUCUUGCAGUUGGUACUUUCUGCAUCCCAUAACCUUGGCCAUUGACAAAUAAGCAGAGGCCACUGUAUGGGUUUCUGAGAAAAAGCUCUUGAAAAAUAGUCCUUCUUACCUAGAUUCUUCUCUCCACAUUUGGUUCUUUUCUCCCUACGUCGCACCUUGCAAGGAAAUUCAGCUCCUAGUGUUGAAAGAUUUGUGGUUGUGAAGACAAAAGCCAGUCUAAGGAGGAUGCUGCAGCAAAGUCACAGUGAGCAGGGCUUCCCUGUGGCCUCCGAGUGUCUGUGCCAGCCCUGGGUUUGUUAAUUCCAGACCUCCUAUUACAUGAGAAGAAAUAAAACUGAUUACUGGCUUAUGACGCUAUGAAUAUUA